UUAAAGCACGGCAGAAUGGAGGAAGAAUAUGGUGUAACUGAUUCUCCUCGGAAAGGGCCAACAUUAUCAACUUCGACGUCCAGCUUCGAGCCGUUCGAUGCCCACGAUCCGAAUUUGUCGCGAUUGGCAACGAAAAUGUUCCAGAAAACUGGCGAAUAUAUCACACACGAACUCGCUUCAACAGUGGACGACUACAAGCUGAUAGAAAACAUGAACAGAGCGAUGAUGGGAAAGGUGGCCGAUAUGCGUCAAAUGUCGCAAUCGAUUGCAGCGAAAAAUGCUGAAUUGAAUAAAAAAUACGAAGAAUUGAAACCUUUGCUGCAGCGAGUAGACGACAUCGAAUCAACCGUGGACAAAUUAGAAGCUGCCGCUUAUCAGCUAGAUUCGUACACUAUUCGCUUGGAAAACAAAUUUAAAUCGCUCAAAACAAAGCAGUAAACCAUUACUACAUUAAGCAUAGAUAUAUUUAUUCAGUUAGAAAUGCGCAUAAGUAAUGUAACGUAGGAUCGUCAGCCAAGAAGUAAUUUAAAUACUAUCGCCACUAC